AUGCAUAUCGAGUCAAAUUCGGAUGCGAACCUCCAAGACCUGUUCUGUCAGCUUGCACGCUAUUUUAGUGCCAACGAAGACAAAAUCUCCGCUGCAGAAGCUUCCAAGUGCUUCCUGUGCCUUUCGUUACUCGAUUCUGUCGCGCUAAUUCGCCUGUUCUUCUUGCUGUGCCCAUCUUUCCGAUCAGUAUUGUCGCACCAAGGUGGGGUGUCUGCUGUGUUCCCGACAACACCUUCUAGACCCAGCGACGAUAACGACACCCAUAGGCAGCCAGAUCCUCCAGAGCCGCCGCCUGGGCUUCGUGACCAUCAAAACUCACACGAAAACAACAGCUCGAGUAUCCCUGGUUUUGAAGAAUUGCAGGAUCCAGUUUCCACAAACGACAAUGGUCUGCCCACUGCACAUUCAAGCCCGGCUGCGGAGAACGGUGGCGCCCAGGUCUCGGGAGAGAUUGAUGACAUUUACACGCUUGAAUCAGGUUUCCUAGAACCAAACACUUUCUACCAGCAACAAACAUUGAACGAAUUACAACACCCAAUCUCAAACACCCUAACGGUAAAUCCUUCUGACACGAUGGCCUUCCCUGACAACGAUAACGCCAUCGGCAAAACACGCCUGGCCACAUGUAGCGAACUAAGAUUCACAGCGACUCUGCGACAGCUUUUAGAAACAUGCAAAACCGACAAAAGCCUCUUCAUCCGCAAAAUCGAGGAAUCCAAAGCAUCUCUCCCAAAUGGGCAAGGCUGGAGAGCCGCUAUAGCAAUCGAACAAGAAAACGCCGACAUGCGGGAUUUGUUAAGCAUAUAUCACAGGUUUGAGUGCUAUAACAUUUACCGCCAUGUAGCAGAGGCCGGCUUUCACACUGGUGAGCAUUGGAUACGAGACAAGCGGCUAGAGCUUGCCAAAAGGCUUUGUGACGACUUUCCUGAGCGGUUCCACGACACUAAAGCGGCCAAUAAAUGCCUCAACUGGGUUGAUCAGGGCUGGCUUGGAAUCCUCAUUGCGUUGCCUCCUGAGAUACCCAGAUCAGCGUACACAUCGAGAUGCGCCAAAGAGCAUAUGAGUGCGGCAGCUGCUAGGUUCGUUGCUCUUGGCAUUAACGACCUUGUAAAAGAUUUGAAGCUUUCAGAAUUGGGUGAUUACAUUGCACGAAGGUUGGAAGAAAUGACGACAGGCAAGCGACUUGAACCAAGCCAAAGACUUCAGCAGUCAUCUACGCCACGAUUGGUAUCAUCAUUGGGCACACCAACUUUGCUCCAAUCAGAACAAACUGAAAGCUCACCUGGCGCGAUAACAAUUUGCGAAGAUACAGCUAUGUUGGAUCAUGCAAGUUUCUUAUCUCCAUCAAUGUUUGUAGAUGACGAUUUGAGCAACUAUCAAUUGAGCUCGUCUGCAUACCUGGAUUUAAGCAUGGACGAUCAGCUGCCGGCUUUUUCCUUCCCAUUUGACGAGCUGUAUCAACAUCUCAAUAAUACCGAAGUGCAGAUGGUAACUUGCAGUGAAACCACGGGGUAA